GGUUUAAAGUAAAUUAUGCUCGCAACGUUGUCAUGGCGCAGCAGGAGGCCAUACGCAAGUUAUGCACAAUGCCACUGAGCCUACACCUGAGUUAUAAGAUGUUAAGUACCGUGGGGGGUCGGGGGCUAGCAGUGGACAGGGGAGACAGUGACCCCUGUAUCUCCCACCGCCCCUAAAGCAGCGACUGACACUGGACCCUGUCUGAGUUCCGACACUAGACCCAUUGACAGACCCUGUUCACCGUGUUUCCCCUUGCCCGAACCUGGAUACUAACCCUGUGCAUGACACCUUUUCUUGACUGCCUCCCCCAGACCCAGUGACUGAUCCUGGUCCUCUUCCCCCAGACCCAGUGACUGACUCUGCCAUCCGCAUGACUAAGCCUGACCCCUUUGUCCCUCUUCCCAAGACAGUCCAUCUUCUGCUCCCAGGCCCAGUGUCCAAAGGCAGUUGGCAUGAUUGGCUAACUUAUGAGAAGUUGCAAAAGAUGGCAAGCAAAAAGCUGAAGAGGACAGGCCUGCCUUCAGAUUUGUGUGAAAGGCUUAGCAAAUACCAGAUUAUAAACUGUCAGGACUUUCUAUCCCUUUCUCCAUUGGAGCUGAUGAGAUUCACGGGUCAGAGUAUCCAGAAGGUUUCUGCAUUAGUAAAAACUGUCAGUAAGGCUUGUGCUCCUAAAAUGGUCACUGCACUUGAAAUGAACGCAGAAAGAUGUUCAAAACCAUCCGCUGCUUUCUUCCCCACCUCUCUGAGCAAACUCGACGAGGUCCUUCAUGGUGGGUUAGCCUGUGGAACCCUGACUGAGGUGACUGGUCCUUCGGGCUGUGGAAAAACACAAUUUUGUAUGAUGCUGAGCGUGUUGGCCACCUUGCCUGUCAGUAUGGGUGGUCUGGAUGGAACAGUCAUUUACAUUGACACCGAGUCUGCUUUUAGUGCUGAAAGGCUAAUAGAGAUAGCAAGGUGUCGAUUCCCUAAUUACUUCCAUGAAAACCAGAAGCUGAUUGCAAUGACCAACAGAAUUCACUUGUACCGUGAACUCACUUGCUUGGAUGUGCUCAAAAGAGUGGAAUCCUUGGAAGAAGACAUAAUAUUGAAAGGAGUAAAACUGAUUGUGGUGGACUCGGUUGCAUCAGUAGUUCGCAAAGAAUUUGACACCAGAAUCCAGGGUAACCUGUCAGAACGUAGUAACCUGCUGUCAAGUGAAGCUGCCACGCUAAAAUUUUUGGCAGAAGAAUUCUCCAUUCCGGUCAUUCUGACGAACCAGAUCACAACCAGGCUGAGUCACAGCUCUGUGCCAAGCUUAAGCGCAGGUCAUUCCUCCCUACCUGAAGAUUGUAGGGUAAGCCCUGAUGGAGAAACAAGCUACGCAACAGCAGCUCUGGGGAACACAUGGAGCCACAGUGUCAACACUCGGCUCAUCAUGCAAUAUCUGGACUAUCACAGCAGGCAGAUGAUCAUUGCAAAGUCACCACUUGCUCCGUUUGCUGUGUUUAUUUUUACCAUUCAGGAUGAAGGUCUUGUCCUGCAAGGCGAAGACAGCCAAUCUGGUUCAUCCACUGAGGGGACAGAUCCCGGACUCCAGCCAAUUGGAGUCCGGACCUCGUUUGCUUACUGCUCAGACUGGGAUCUGCCUGGCUUAACCCAGACCAAGCCCUGACCAACCCAGGAUUGCGUGUCAGCCCAAAAUAGAGUUUAUCCUAUUGAUGGCCUGGACCAAGGAAUGUUAAUCUUCUCCUGAUGAUGUUGGGACUGGGACUGCUCCAUGAAUGGAUAGGCAUUUUGGAACAGGAAGGCAUUAUGGACUUGGACAUCAUGACCCUUGAAUUAUUAGUUUGGGAAUUCAUAGACUGAUGGCACAGAGUGUGGAAACUGAAAGCUGUGUGUCCCAGUCAAAUAUGGAAAUGAAGGGAAUAAAGCAAGGAAACAUCACCAAAGAACUGAGAAGAAUUGUUGAUAACCUGACUUAAGGGCCAUCAUCCGGCUGAGUUUUAUCAAAGGUUCAGAUCAUUUGGAGUCAGGGUGUGCAGCUUAAACCAACCUCUAACAAGACAGGAACCCUAAAAGCUCAAAAUGCACCAUGACUGAGAUUUGGAAGGCCCCAAGCUGGAUUCCCAGACUGCCUAGGGGCACCAAUAGGGCUGCUACAUUUGGCUUCACAGCUUUUAAGAUCGCAGAGGGCAAACUAUCCAGCCAGAGCUUUCUGAUCACAGUUCAGUAAUCCCCGCUGGAAAUAGCAGUUUAGGAUGGGCCAUUUUCUGAGAAGCUCAUGAUGGAAUAACCUGGGGUGGCGGGCGGUCUCUGUAUUCAUUUUGAUCAAACAGGUGGGGUGAUGUGAGGGAUAAGGAGGUUGAGGAGUCAGAGAGGGUGAGGCAAUGCUUGUUGGGUAGGUGGGUAGUGGAGGAAUCACACUUAGAGGUGGGGGGGGGUUUGUGGUGGGCAGGGAUGGAAACAUUGACAGCAUCCAAUGUUUGAAGGAAGAGUUAGAAACAGCAUUGCUGAUCGUCCUAUCUCCACAAUGAGGUAAGUCAAGUGAGUUUGAAUUAACCCUAUGAAAGAGGGUGUGGGCAGACACAACCAGGAGCAACCUAUUUCGGGACCACAGGGUUAACUGGCAAACCCUGACAACUAUGUCUGCAUCUCCUAUGGUACAAAAAAAUUCUAUCAGGCCCCUGGAUUCAGGGGCAGGGCUGACCAGCAAGACAAGCAGCCAACUUUUUAUAUAGCAUGAAUUAGAGUCAACCCUUUUGAACUUUUUGCAUGCCCCCUUUACAGCUGUAAAAUCACCUCUAUCACAAAUGAGCAAUUUAAUACAGAGAGGGACCGAGGGGCUCUCCAACAUGAGUUACUGAAAAUGAGCUAGAACUGAGUCCUGACAGCAGGCCUCGAGAGUCGGGAAUUUUGAUUCAACCUCUCUUUCAGCUGCUGAAGACAACGGGAAGCCAUGUAGCAAUAUCUGUGUCUCCAUCACAACAUGCAACGUCAAGAGUGAUACUGGCCAGGAACAGUUUGGGCUUUGCUCCUGGCCUGUGAUUCAGUGGUUGCUCCUGGAUGUUUCAUCGCACCACCUUCCACCUACGCAAACACAGUCUGAUCAAACUAGCCUUUUUGCCCCAUCUUCAGUCUCACAUAUCUAAGAAACACAUUAUGGAACAGAAGGAGCUUUGGAGCGAUCAUCAUUUUCCAGGAUCAACUUGAGGAUUUGGCAACUCUAAUCCAAGGUAACACAUUGUCCCUGCUCCUUGUUAUCCUGCUCAGGUGCCUAGAGGGUAAAUACUCGCAAACUUGUCUCUGAUUCCCACUUGUCAUGCCUUGGAUGCAGCAACGUGUGUCUAAUUGGCAUGAUGGAUCGGUGAUAUCCCAUGACUAGUGUUUUCAGCCAAGACAUGCCAAUAAAAAGUUAUGUUAAAGCAA